AAACACACAUACAACGAGUUUUGAAUAGUAUUUUUCGCUAGAAUUUUGUAUGGAACCUGUUUCAAAUUUGAUGGAAAACGAAAACACGUAGACCUUACCCCAAAAUGCAGUCGUCAAGGUGGAAAACGGAUGCGGGAAACCCGUUCAAAGCCACCCAAAAGUGGAAUGCAGCGGUUGACAUUUUCCGCGUGGAAAUGCCCGUGAAGAGCCACCGGCACUUCUUGCGGAAUUACGAGGAUACGUUCACAGGCGCCGAGGCGGCCACCUGGUUCCUGGCCAAACUGCAGGGCAGCAACCACUUCGAGUACCUGAGCAAGAGCCAAGUGAUCGCUUUGCUGGACAAGUUCCUCAAGGCAAAAGUGUUUGAGCCUGUGCUCAGUGACAAAUCGAAUGAGUUCAAGCCAAAUAACACGCUCUACCAGUUUCCAAGCCGGUUGCCCCUGCGGACGGUUCCGAUUCCCAAUUUUGCGACUCUUCCUGUGCCCAGGGUCGUCAGUCCUGUUCGUCUGGCGCGUUCUCCAAUGAAAAGAAAAAGCUGUUCUGCUGAGAGUCUCACAGACCCGAAGCACUUUCUCGAGGACCUCAAAGCGCAGGCUGCCAAGAGGCAGAAAAACGCUCUUGAGACGGAGAAAGUUUGGGAAACCAUCCUUUUUGGGAGGUUAGAGGCCUUAUUCGACGGGAAGGACAUCCAGGAGUUGAUUCCGCCAAAUUUCAUAAACGGCACUUGGAUUGCCGAGAAUGCAAACUACGACCCACCAGCCUCCAUCAAAGAGUACUUUGAGAAAAAUAAAAGGGAUUUCCCUACUUGGGUGCAGGCGGCCAUGAAGAAUCUCUCCAACUGGCCUUCAAUAUCAGGGUUUGGCGGCAGUCACACUUAUGCUGGCUUCGAAAAGGACGUUCUGCUGGAGAUAGUGAAUUAUUUCAAAGCGUCAGAACAGCCUUUUAUUUCUUGGGAACUGGCUGACAUUUUCCGCUAUGCCUUCAUCUUCCUUGAAACGCAAGACUGCGACCUGAAAAGCGUGAGCCAAGACUCGCUGCUUUCGCCGACAAAGUCAUGGACUGAGCGUUUGAAGAGCAUAGAUCCAAUUGACUACGAGGACGACUCGCUGUCUGUGGAGCAAGAAGUGCCUUGGAAGGUUCGCCCGGCGAGUACCAAUCCCUUCAUCGACUACACGCACGAGAGCAUCAAUAUGAGCCAGUUAGCCGCCUACAAACUGCCUCCAGACACUUGCUUCGAAACCGCAUUCACCACGGAGAGCCCCACAACCAGGGUCGUCCACACUGGCACUCUAAAGUUCAAUAGACUCAGGGAUAAGCAAAACCGCAGUCGGUCGUCGGACAACAUUUUCGAGCAAGACUCAUGGCACUCUGUCUCGCAUUUGGAGAAAGAAAUGUCAUCGCUGAGUGUGGAAAGGUCAACAAACCCUUUCGAACCGUGCCAUUCAAGGAGCCACUCAGGAGGCUACGUCAAUCUGGGCUUGUCCGAUUCCGUAGAGGAAGAGCCGCCCCUUGAAGAGCUCAACAUGAGCACUGCCCUGGCCACCAUCAAGGUGCUGGCCAAGAAGGCAAAGCAGGGCAGGAAGCUCGAGGACCAGUCGCUCAACUGCAACACCAGUGUCGCCUCCACGAAGACCACAGCUAGUAGAGCAACAACUGUUGCUUCGGGUCUGAUGAACGCACAGAACACGAAAGUGGCCAAAAAGAUCUACCAGCUACUGCUGUUGCUGCUUCCCACAGACAGCAGGAAAAAACUGUGCUUCCUCCUGCAUUACCUGGGUGGCCUGGUCUUCAACAAGGAUCUCAAAUUCUGUCCCGAAAUGACCUCCAAGGAAUUCGUGGUUCAGUCGUUCUGUGAGUUCAUCCUUGGUCUGCCAGAGAGUGAGGUUGCUGGCGCUGUCGGCAUCAACCAGUUCAGCAAAUCGCUGUCCUGCAAGGUGGUCACCUUCCUGCUCGAUGAGAGAGACACAGUCCUUCACGCGCCCGCAGACCUGAAGCAGGAGGUGGAGCAGCAGCUUGCCAAGUUCCAGGAAAAGGAGAAAACCCUUCCCCGGCCACUCAGAGUGACCCAUUUGCGCAACAGUGUGCGUAGCGUAGCUAGUUUGAAGGCAUCAGCCGCCACCGCUCGUGCCGCUCGCCCUGUCUCGGUGGCCGUCGACACCGAAUUGGCCAAACCCGUGACCUUCUGCAGGCAGGUGUCGAGCCAACAAUUUGAGCAGCAAAAGUGCUCAGGCUCGCAGAAGGCGCUGCAGGAGCUGCUUGAACUGAUCAUCGCCGACAAGAAGAUGAAGCCCAAGGAGAAGCAGAAACGGCUGCUCACGUUUAAAGACGCCUACCCGCACAUCUACAUGAAACGCGUGCCAACCAAGCAGGAUGAGGACAAAAUCCUGGGCCUGAGGAAGAAGGCCAGCUCGUUCACAAAGCUCAACUUCUUGCGCAUUUAAACUUCUAUUGUCUAUACCUUCUCGCUUGCCAUAUACUUUUAGUUUCUUGUGAGCUGAAUUGCUAUUCCUGUUGUGUACUUCAAAGAUUAUUCUUUUAAAAAAAAUAUAUAGUAUUCACGCUGUAGAUGAGUUAAUUAAAUUGGACUGGAAAAAAUGAA